AUGGAAGUCGUUCCCGUCGAGAGUUGGAUUGACCAGAAGGACAAUGGUUCAUUCACAUGUUUGUACCGCAGAAACUGGUUGCGUUCUUUUCGCAACGUUGGUAGUGAGUGGCUUACCCGGUCCAGCGCCACCUGUUUUAAUCACCGGCUGGCUGUUGCGUCCGCAAAUACAGGUAUUGGGAUAUUCCAGGCCUACUAUGGAACCCAUCAGUUGAAGAACUAUUCCUUAAGCACCAUAUCUUGGGUCACAUCCCUGGAAGGACCUAUAAUGGGUAAGCUCUGUGACAGUUAUGGACCUCGAUAUGUCUUGCUCGGUGGGUCCUUGUUCCAUGUUUUCGGCGGAGUGGUUAGUGCCAUAGGGGCAUCCGCCGUCUUUACGCCCUGUAAUGCUGCUGCAACAUGGUUUCACCUCAAACGUGGUCACGCCUUCGGGAUAAAAAUGAGCGGUUCGAACACAGGCGGAAUCAUCGUUCCUAUCAUGAUUAACCACCAGACUCCUAAGGUCGGGUUUGGAUGGUCUAUGAGAAUCGCAUCCUUCAUGAUCCUCGGGCUGCUCAUCAUUGCAAACUUGACGGUCAAAACGCGCACUUCACCUCAUCCGCAGGAAAAGCCCUACGUCCUCACAGCUGGGGGCAACUUCCUAUUUACAUUUGGCUUAUUGAUUUCCAUCAACUACAUCAUCACACAGGCCAUUGGUGGGGGCAUGUCGACGAACUUGGCCAACUACGUAGUCCCCAUACUGAACGCCGCGAGGGGUAUAUCUUUCUCCCAAAGUGGGAUCUUAUUUGGACGCAUCAUCCCUACUAUUAUCCUCUCAGACAAAUUGGGACGAUUCAACGUAUUUAUCCUAGUUUCAUUUCUUACCGCAAUUCUCAUCCUGGCCCUAUGGAUUCCAGCAUCCAGCAAUGCUGCCAUUACCACCUUUGCUGCGCUCUUCGGAUUCUCCUCUGGCGCCUUCAUUUCUUUGGGUCCUGUGCUUAUCGCUCAGAUCUCCCCCAUUCAUAAGAUCGGCAUGCGACAGGGUUUGCUUUUCGGCAUGACGUCUGUUGGUGCUCUGACCACGAGUCCUAUCGGUGGAGCUAUUGUGUCUUCAGACAAUGGUAGCUAUUGGGGCGUAAAGGUUUUCGCCGGAGUCAUAUUAGGUGGGCUAUCGAUCUGA